AUGGAUUCAUUCGAUGUGGGAAACAUCAAAGCAGAGAAGGCGAACGCGAUGCUGAGGUAUCGUCGUGUUCGAAAGAUGGCUAACCUGUUCCGUUGCCUCGAGGUAUGCGUGGCUCUCGUCUUACUCUCCUGGUUCUCCACUCGCCUACCCGUCGUCGUCAAAAUCUCCGGCCAGUAUUUCCGGGAGCUAUGUCAGGUCCUGGUUAGUCCUUGCUUUGUAUUCCUGGUCGGUAACGCCAUCAUUCUCACUCUCUUCGCCAAAUCUGGCCAGUUCUUCGCCCAGGGCCUCAGCCCCAACACCUCCGCCACCGAUAAUCUCUACGAGGAGUUCGUCAAGAACAACAUCGAUAAUCAUACUCGUCAGAAGCCCCGAUCCGACGACACUCCAUUACCAUCACCAGCAACGACACCGGAGGAGUUCGUAGACACAAUGUACGAGGAAGAAGGAGUGAAGAAGCUCACCCCUUCGUACCCAGACGACCACGUCGUUCCAUCGAAUUCGAAGAUCAUCUUCCGGAGAAGUCAAUCGGAGAACUUGAAUUUGAAGUUGAAAGGGGAGGUUAAGGAGAAGCCGCACCGAAAGCUCCGUCGAUCGGAAACAGAGAUAUGCCGGAAAGUUGGAAGUGACGAAGAAAAAGAGGCAGAUGACUCAUACGCUGAGGAUAACAUGAGUAAUGAAGAGUUCCAGAGGAAAGUAGAGGCCUUCAUUGCUAAGCAUCAGAAGUUUCAGAGGGAGGAGGAAUCCAUGGACAUCGUUUCUACAGAACCUCUACUGCUGAUUCGCUGA